AUGGAACCAGGCCAUGUCAUCACAUUGAUGACGUGGAUAUGCCACGUGGCGAUCCUGUUGGCACUAUUUACGACACGUGUCGCUACUAGAGACAGACACAAGUCACCUGUAGCAGAUGAACUGGUGCAGAUACUGGACUGCAAGAAAAGAAAUGGACAGAUUGUUAUACCUGUAUUUUACCACAUAAAACCAUCACAUGUAAGGAAACAGAAGGGAAGCUAUGCAUCUGGAUUAGGUAAACUUGGAGAACGUUUUGAUGAAGAUAAAAUCAGCUUAUGGAGGGUUUCUUUGAAAGAAGCAGCCAAUCUAUCUGGCUUUGAUUCACAGAAAAUUAGGCCUGAGUCUGAAUUAGUAGAGGCAAUUACUAAAGGCAUUUUGAAGAAACUGAAUUAUGUAUCAUUAGGUGAUUUAAAGGGUUUAGUUGGAGUCGAAGAAUGUGUCAAGGAAAUUGAGUCAUUACCAUGCAUUGGCCCAGAAAAUGUUCGCAUUAUAGGUAUUUGGGGUAUGGGAGGAAUUGGAAAGACUACCCUAGCUGAUGUUGUAUUUAACCGGUUGUCUUCUCAAUUCGAGAGUUGUUACUUUCUUGGAGAUGUCGAAGAAAAAAUGAAGACAUCUGUCCCUGAUUAUUUCCAAGAGAAACUUCUUUCUGCACUGUUAGAGGAAGAAAAUUUCAACGAGGGCUUACCAUCUAUAAGAUCAAUUUUUUUUCAAGAAAGGCUUCGUCGUAAAAAUGUUCUCAUUGUUUUUGAUAACAUGAAGGACAACCAAAUAGAAAUUUUGUCACGAGCACGUGAUUUAUUUGGCCAUGGAAGUAGAAUCAUUGUGACAACUAGAAAUGUGCAUGUGCUUAGAAACAUCAGAGCUGAUCAGAUAGAUAUAUGA